AUGUGUUUGAUAGUGCUCGGUUCGUCACAUUACCAAUGUAAUCCGGACAACAUUUCAACUCCAAUAGCAGCAAGUUUGGGAGACUCCAUUACUCUCGGCAUCUUAUCACUUGUUGGCAGUGUUCUCUUUCACAUUCCAGCAAUACUAAAAGGCUGGGUUCCCAUUUUACUGGCCAUGUUAAUUUCUAGUGGGGUGGGUAUUAUCAUGAGUAAAGUGGCUGAAUUGUAUCCUAGUGUGGUUGCGUUCCUCCCUAUUAUAAACGGUAUUGGUGGGAACUUGGCAGCAAUCCAAGCGAGCCGGCUCUCAACCUCAUUCCACCUGCUUGGAAGAACAGACUUCUCUGAGUACAGAACGUCCUUAUUUUUACUGCUUCUAACAAUCCCCGGACAUGCUGUCUUCCUCACUGUUAAGGGACUGGUGUCCGUACUACUCGGAAUGUCGUAUGUGUUGGUGAUGUUAUCUCCCCUCCUCAGGAAUCUGGACCCGGACCUCUACUCUAUACCCCUCCUCACUGCCCUGGGAGACUUCCUCGGAACAGCACUCUUAUCUCUAUCUGUCGUUCUUUUAGACUCAGCCGAACUGUUCACUCCGGGGAACUAA